AUGGACUCAACUUUCGAAACAGAGGACGCGGAUGCUCGCCAAAAGCCCCAUCCGAAGCCGCCACCCAUUUCGCCACGACGCACUUCCACUAGCGCAGAGAAGGAGGAGUCACUUGCUGACGAUAAUGUCGCUCCGUUGGUCAAAGUGGACGAGCCGACCUUUCAAAGUGGCGCGCCAGCUGAAGCCUUGCCUACGGAACCCACAUGCGCGCGACCGAUGGCGCAAGAGGAUGGUACAGAGCAACAAAGCGUCUCAUCAGAGAUGCACGGCAUCACAGCAAAGCGCCCUCUGCCGAAGGCACCCAUGUUGGUAGAUGUUGCCGGAGACAUGCAGGAUGAUCUGCAAGACGCGCAUUCGUUCAUUGCAAACAGAGAGAACAACACCACGGCAGUCAGCCUGCCAGUGUUGGAAGACGCGCCAGACGCGUCUUCCGAAGUCAACGCCUUCGCUAGCGCCCAAUCCGACAAGGAGGCUUCUGCUGAGAGUGGCCAAGGCGGCUCGAGUGGAGAAGGGGACGUGCCGUUGACGGUGCUGGAGCUGGAGCUGGAGCAGUCUGAUGCUGAUACACUUGCAGCUCAGCUGGAUUUUCACAGCGGCCCAGCAGCCUGUCCCCGUACCGCAGGAAUUCAAGAUUCGACUCCGACACUUUCCAAAUCGAGCUCGAGCAGCGCAGAUCUUCCCGAAGACAACGACUUGCCAAACUUGUCACCAUCCAGCGAUCCAUCAACAGAUCUACAUAUCGCAUCUGUCGCAGCUGGCUCCACACUUUACACAGAAGCCUCGUCUGAUCCCUCCAUCCUGCCAGAAGAUAACAUAUCCGAGCUCGCUCUCUCCGAUACCGUAGCCCAGACAAUUACUGGACCACGCUCAUCCGACGUAUCAGACGCGACAACCAGCGCCGCGACGUGCAUUGACCACGGCAGCCAGUACCAUUACUGCAUAGGCGAUGAGAUAAGCAUCCCUAAGGGAGGAGACGAUAUUCACCAGAGUCGCCGGCCUGCUGCUCCGUACGACCUUGACAGAACACCAAGCGUCAGGUCGAUAGAAACGGUCAGGCCGAGUAGUGCGCAGCUCAGAUUGGAAAGUGCCCCUGUCUAUCCCUUUCAGCCAACCAAUCCUGCGAUUACGCGGAGAUUCUCGACCACUGGCAGCGUGCGGUCUGUGGCUGGAUCUACAAGUCGCUGGGUGACGAGUCUGGUCAACAGAGCAAUGUUCUCCAAGCAGGCUUUGAGGGACAAGGCAGAAGCUGCGAAAAGCGUCCUUGCGGGCCCUCUGGCAAAGGUCGCCUCCAGCUCCACCCCUAAUCUGACACAUUCGGACGACAGCGAAAAGGAGCUGAUCUCUCAGCUCGUCUUGGAAGAGUCCGGUGCUCGCGUUCCAAAGUCUUUGGUGACAAAGACGCGUUCGUUAUACGCAAAGCGCGAUUCAAAUGACUCGAAUUCAGAAGUCGCGUACACGAGCUUGGAGGUGCCGUAUGGGGCUGCGGAAGUCAUCAGCGCAAGAGAUAGGGCGGCAGAACACGCGAGGGACGCUGGUAGAACAGAUAGAACACUAAUGGUGGUCAAUGACAACAGCGAAAGUCCGCAAUACAGCGCACUUGAUCCUCAGCAUCAAGACCGCCUGGUUGCAGAGUCUGUGAGUAUGCUCGUCGCCGCUGAUCUGACGGUCGCCGGCACUGACCUGUCAAUCUCCAUUUAGCUGGCACGCGAGAUCUUUUCAGGGGUUCUUGGGCCAGAAGAGCAAGCGGUGCUCGACAUGCUCGAAGAGAUGAGCAACGCAUCCGAGCACGCAGAAUCAACACCUCAGCAAUACGAACACAGCAGGCUAGACGCCCCUCGGCCAAGCUUGCCCCGUUCGGGCAGCGUCAAAGAAAGAGUGAUGGCAAUGCAGAGGGGCAAUUCGCGAACAGUGAAUGCUCAUUUCACGGACAGCGGCUCCCACGUCAGCGCAGCAUCUAGCCGAUCCUUCUGCUCGGCUGCGGAGGGCUCUCUGAGCCCGGGAAUGAAAGCAGCCCCACAGACUAGUCCUCGACCAGCUCAUCAAAGGAGCCUCACCGCCGAAAGCUCUUCAGUGACCAGCAUGAAUAGCCAGAGCAGCAGUAUCAUGAGCCGAGAAGCCAGAAAUAGAGCUACUAUGGAUACAGCUGGACGACGCUUGCCAAUCGCUAGCGGUUCUGAACAAGCCGCAAGGGCUCGCUUCCCUCCACCUCGUCGAGCUGGGCAAAGGUCCACGCAUCUCGGACCAUUUUCACCAAAUUCGAGCAGUCUCGCUGGAAGUCAUAUGAGCCAGAGCGGAAGUGGUCUAAAGUUUUGGGACAGGAUGGAACAGAGAUCUCCAUCCACCGCACCGACCUCUCCUGGCUUGCCCAUGUCCAGUGACGCUUCGCCGUUUCCCCCAGAAUUCUACAGCCACAAGUUGGGCACCGCCGGUGGGCAUGGGAGGCAUCAUCCCUAUCCACCCAUGCUGAGGCGACUCGAGACGGAUAUGACGGCAGCGACCUCUGUGAGCUCCGGCAUUUACAGCAUCCACAAAGGAAGUGCAAGUGUUCUCCUUCCAACCCGUACCACGGCUGGUUUGGUCAGGAGUCCAGGCACUCCCCCUACCACGGCUGGAUAUGAUGCUGCCACUUAUAUCGUGGCGAAGCAGCAAUGCGCGAGUCCUCUUGAGCAAGUCUCUCCAUCUAGUCCAUCUAAGCUCGCCUGCUCCGAGCCCUCGAAUUGGUCCAGCACCAAAACGCAUGAUGUGGCACGCGACAUCAAGACCUUUCCAGUCGCGACGUCCGAGGCGGUGGAAAAACAAAUCGGUGACCUUGACACGCCAUCUGAAACCCCAAGCAACGCUGCACGGGCAGACAGAGAGCUGGAAGGCUUAGGUAUAGCAGCGCUGGAUGCACAUGUGAGAAGUCAUACUGAUGGAGACGCUCCGCUUAGACCCGGAACCACGUCGCAUCUUGUGCCCUCUGUAAAGACACAGAAGCGCGACCUCCCUGCUCAUGAUUCGACAAGAUCUCUUCCUUCCUUGCAUCCUGUCCUGAGUAACUCGACUUUCGCCGUGGGUCACUCUAUCAGCAAUAGUCAAAGUGAAAAGGCGAUAGCUGGACCUGCUUUGCGCUCGCAACUUCGCGCUCCUGGGACACCUACAAAGGCGCGAGACCUGAUAGCUUUCUUUGAGCAAGAAAUGCAAUCGGUCCCUAGCCCAAUCAAUGCGCCAAAGGCACAGGCACCGCCAAAGCCUACCAAGUCUCGGGCUGCUGAAGUACCUUCUGGAAAGCACACACCAUCGCAGGAGAUUGCAGAGCGAUAUCGCAAGGCUCUUCGCGACAAACCUGACUCUGUAGUCAGCUCAUCUGCUUCUAUCACACCCAGCUCGAAGUUGUCGUUUCGGGUCGAUAAUCAGCUGUCGACCGCUUUAGAGCAGAGCGACGCUGCGGCAGAGACUUCAAAAGUGGCGCUCCGGAGAAGAGCGCAGAUCUCGCCCUCCAGAGCUCGCAUCGCUGCUGGUGGCGCGGAGAUGAUCUCGCAAGUUGUAGCAGACGAGGAGAAUAGGGAGCCUGAACCUCUGGACACGCUUGACGGGCCGACGCGCACGCCCUCUCGCAGUCCUCGACGUGUACUCAGCGGCUCUCGAAAGCCCUCUGCUUCGCUAUUCGGUUUCUCAACCUCUCCGCUGCACAUGCGCAGGACCUCUGCUGAGAGGCAGCGCACCAAUGCUAGCCCUUCAGCUGACUCAAAGGGCCCGCCUUCUGUUUCAGCUGAGACCAAAUCUGCGGGGUCCAGUCCUACUCGACGAGGAGGCAGCGGAAGCACCGGCACCGUCAGCCUCGCUGAAGGUGUCCGCAGUCUCGCACGCGCUUUCUCGAGGGGUGCAACUCCAUCAGAUCCUUUCCGUGAAGCUACUCGCGCCUCAGACGCUGCUGCUGCAGCUCAAGCCCCACCCAGCGCAUGGCACAGUGGUGAGAGCGGUGGGCAAGUCGCUGAAGCGCGACGCAUGUCAGACGACCGCAGUGCACUCAGCGCUCGUACCCACGGCACCCAAGCAUCUUUUCGCCAGAAUGUAGAGAGUGGUCGCCUGCCUUUGGACAAUCGAGGUGCGUUGGAAUUGAUCGGAGAACACCGUCAACGAGCUGCUCCGCUGCGUCAAGGAACAGUGUUCUACUUUAACGUGCACCACAGGCAACCCCAUUGGCAGCGCGCCCAGGCAAUCCUUUUGCCUACAGCCGUGGCCCUGAGCUGGAUACCACGCGGCGGGGGGCGCGAAAAUGUGGUCUUGGACCUACGAGCUUGCUUAGAGGUGUUCUCCUUGCCCAGUGCCGUGCAUCCAAACAGUCAGCACGACGUUGCAGCACAAACCGCUCUUGCCCAGGGCCUGGGAGACAUCCACGCUUUUCAACUUGUUUUUGAUGAUGGUGUAGAGCGCAUCGCGGUCGACAGGGCUAUCGAUCGCGUGCAAUGGAUCACAGCAGCGUGGUAAGUUGCAAUGCUGAGUCUCUGCAGGCAGGACGCGUGCUUUACACUCACGACUGCUGAUUCUUGUACUGCUUGCAUCUCUUUUCUCAGGGAGGCGCUUGGGAUGGCGCAGGGCAGGGAUACAUCUGCCCAGCAAGGCCAGACGCAGGUGCUCGAGAGUCAGAGUCCGUCAGCUAGUCGAGAUAAUCAGGUCUCCGUCAAUCAGGCUGUGCAGUUGCUCGUGGGGCAAUCGCAGUCCCAGGUACUUGCAUGUGCGCAGUCCGACCCCAUCUCUCCGAGCACUGGCGGUGGCAGUGGCAAGGAGACGAUCCAGCGUAUUGCAGGCAUUUGGGCAUCCGAACCAUCAUCCGGUCAUGAGCAGCUUUCUCGUCCACCGCCUGUCCCACCAAAGGACAACCUGUCUCCAGAAAGACCACUCACUGAAGCCCAGCGAGCGCACGCGCGUCCACAGACCUGGCGCAAACCGGUCCAGGACAAUUCUCACAACAAGGCGCUUGCAAUGUCUACGCCAAUCGAACAGGAUCGCGCAUCUCCACCCCCGAGCGAGUUCGAGUGGGAUUCGACAUCCCGUGAAUUAGUUCCCAGCGAUUCUGCGAGCCAGCGUCCACCUAGAAGCGAUUGUGAAGCGAGCUGCAUAAGCCGACCAGGCUCCGACCUUCAAAACCUAGCAGCGCAUCUGAGUGCGGAGGCUCGGCUCAAACGUGUGCCUGGCGGUGCGACACUGGAAUCGACAUCGCAAAGCGGCGGAGAGACAGCGCCAGCAAAUUUACAACGCGAAGAAUCACGGCUGCUUGAGACAGUGCUCGAAGAAACUCAAUCGCAGGCGCAAAGCACACAAGUAAAGCCGCCCUCUUUGCAGCAUUCUGAUCUGGCCUCUGCACUGAAGCGCACUCCGCGAAAGCAGGGGCGGACCUCCUUGCCAAAGGCUGAAGAAUCGGCAGAGUGCGAGGACAUUUUGUCCAUUACCAAGCCUGUGAUAGCUGGCUGCAGCUCGCUGAGUAGCAGAAAUGGCAGCGCAAGCGUGAGCUCCGGCGACGUAGCUCGUCUGCUCACUUACCUCGAGGAACAACAGGCUGCACGCGAAGCGCGCGAGGCACAUCUCGAAGAGCAGCUUCGCUCUUUCAAGGAUGUGAUCGCUGGCUUGCAGCGCAAGACUUCCUCGGCCAGCAAGAGGUCCACCACAGCACACGAACUUUCGGAGCGCAGCUCGUCGAGGCGCAGGAGCAGCGCGGGCACGACUGCAUCUAGCAAGGAUGAAGGUGCUUCGACACCUCGAGGCAACGGUCACGCCGAGCUUGCAGCAGUGCAAGAGAAGCUCGACAGAGUACUGAGCCUCGUUGGUAACGUUUUCGAGGGACAGACGCGCCUCGAAGAGAAGGCGCAAGCUCAGACGACGGAUGCUGCAGUCCCAAAAGGUGACGCCCUUGCUUCAACUCGCUCUGAUCACGAGCUGUUGAAAGUGCAGGAGACACUAGAAAAGCUGUUGGAGCGCAUGCAGUCCCAAGUGGAUGCCACAAGCUCUCUAAACCUUAGUAGAAGAGGUACUCUUCGAGAGCUUGUGCGAGAGGCAGGUCUACCGCGAGUCUUGCGACCAGAGAAUCGCAAUCUCGACGGCGACCUCAUCGACGGACGCGAUCAAGCCAUUCUAGCCGACCGGCUUAAGCGAAGUCGCACUAGCGCACCUGCUACACUCGAGAUCGGCGCGGAAGACCAGGAAAAGAUGCAGCUUUCUCCAUCUUCGUCAGCUUCGACUCUCUCUUGCGAGAUAGUGCCUGCACGAGACUGGCGCUCGGAGUUAGGCGUCCCCCCAACUCCAGCGAACACGGACGCCGCCUCCUCUUACGCUGCUUCGAUUCGUAGCCAGGCUACGACUCCGAAAGACCGCGCUCCAGACAACGUCUUCUUGUAUGGGGCUGCCCCAUCUACAUCGGCGUCCGAAGCUCGACCUCCCAAGGCGAUAUUUGCUCCUCAUACAAGUCAAGUUGGCCUCAAUAUGGAAGCAGAAGUGCGUCGUCAACGGGGAACGCAACAGGGCAACAGCAAUGCUGGGUGGUAUGGCGCACCGGACCUACCCGAGAAAGACAACACGGUCCGAUGGGCUCGCAGCAAUUUCGUCCAACGCGACCAACGAUCACCAUCUCAACCCUCCGGCAUGGUCGCGACGGGCAUUUCCAUGCCUGACCCAAGCUCAUACGGCAACGAGAGGCGCGACUUGUCCCCCGGCUCCUUCAAACAGCAUUCCAAGCCGAGUCCCGAGCUAGAGGCAGUCCUCCAGGCGAUUCGAGAUAACGAAGGGGCGCGCGCUGCCCAGCAAGCUCAGCAACAAGACAUUGCUCGCUAUCUCAAUGAGCUCAACGCCUGGUUGGAGAAGGACGUCGUCGACAGGUCGAAAGAAUGGCGCGAACUGACCAGCGGCGUGUCUCAGCUGCAUGAAGAGCUUGCCCAGCUCAAGACUAAAUCGGGACCGACGACAGUGACCGGAGCACCGCAAAGUGGCGCUGGUGUUGCGGACGAGGACAAUCAGCAUUUGCAGCGCUCAGCGACGACGAGCAGUCGAGGUGUUUCGGGAGCACCACCUACGAGCUCUGGAAGCGGGAACCCCGCUUCUUAUCAGCUUUCCGAUGGCCGUGCAGCCCCACCGCCACGCGAACCGCCGCCCUUUGGCAAUGGUGGACAGUGGACCGCACACACCGCAGCGGGAGGUGGCGGAGGUAUUCCGCCCAAUGCCGCGGCAGCAGGGGCACCUCCUGCCCUCUUCACCCCGGCUCCUUUAUCACGCUCUGGCACGCGCACCUGGCAUUCAGAGGCUUCGCCAGGAGCGCUGCGAAAUCAAGACGUCUGGGCACAUUCGGGCUCGCGUGCGAACUCGAAGAAGCUGUCAAAGGAAGAAAAGGCCGCGAGGAAGCGCUCCGACCGACGAAAUUUCCUGUCCAAAUUGGGUCCGCUGGCAGCAGCGGCAGGAGGAGCAGCUUUGGUCCACGCAGCCGUGUCUGAGUGGGAUGCGCACAAGGAGAGACAGCGUCAAGCCAACCGUCCGGCAGAGGCUGGUGCCAAGGCAGAUCCCAAGACUGGCAAGUUGCCAGAGGAGAUCGAUGUUCCGAAGUCGCUAAUGCAGAGGCUCAAGGAGGCAACAUCCCUGGGAGACGAGAGCAAGUUGAGAGAGGUCAUCAAAGAAGCAGCGGAGCUCGGUGCUGGCAGCGCGGCAGUAGCCACGGUCGCAGAGCAGGUUGAUGAGGUGAAAAAGAAAGCCGCCGCCGACAAGGAUGACGAUGGCGAUGAGUCUGACGUGACCGUCGGCGCCUCUACGAAGGCUAUUGCUAAAGAAGUGGAGAGCCGCAGCGCGAAGUCUUCAACAUCAGCGACGUCGACCGAAACGAUGACUACCGACUCAACGGCGACCAAGCCAGAUGCGUCAGUAGCUGCAGCGCAGACUGCAGCUCUCGCUUUGGCUGUUGAAGAGAUCCUGAAGCACUUGCUCGAGCGAAAGGACGAGGAAGCGAAACGGCGCGAGGAGGAGGACGCUCGUCGUACUGCCUCUGAAGUGAGCCGAAAGAGCGAGAGAGAUGCAGAGGAGGAGAGGAACUCUUCUGUGCGAGCCAAAGAGCAAGACGAUCUGGCAGACCUCAUCCUCGAAAAGGUCAGUUAUGUUCAAGGCGCAGCCAGACGCCUUGCAUGCCGCCGACUGACUGCCUUGGCCUGCAUGUCAGAUCCGAGCCGAGCAAGAGUUGAAAGAGCAACAGAAUGCUGCAAAAGAGAAGGAACUCAGUCCUAAGGAAGGUGAGGUCGUGGGUCCGCAGGGAGUAAAGGUCAAUGCUCAAUCGGCAAGAAUGCCUCACAAUCUUCUGCAGCUAUCGAGUCUUUGGUUGCGCAGCAGAAUGCCCAACGACAAGCGGAUGCGCAGGCUAAAGCUGAGAGCGAAGCGGCCCUCAAAGGCUAUACUGAGAGCGUCCAGAGAGCCACAGCUGAGCACAACGCCAAAGUCAUCCAGACUGUGCAGCUUGCCAGCCGAGAGAUGUUGAGAGACAACAUCGAUGCGCACGUGAAUGAACUCAAAGGCGUCCUUGGGCAAGAGGUGGGUCUCAUGAACCAAGCGCUCCGAACGUGCCACAAUCUAGGGUGCUGAUCUCGUUUCUCCGCCCCUUCGAUCAGAUCUCGCGCAUGUUCGAAGACGUGGGCAAGAUUCGCGAGAUGAAGCGAGAGUUGGAGAGGGAUAUCGCCGAACUCUUCUCCAUGAAAGCAAAGUACUCUGCCGAGCUGCCAGCUGCCAGCACUAUUGGGAGUGACAGCGGAAGCAAAGGGAAAAGUAGCACAGACGGCGCCUCAUCAGUCUCCUCUUCCAGCGCUUCCUCCAACAAUUCCAAGAGCUCGAUUCAGUCCGGUACGAAGGCGCCAGGAAAAGCUACUCCGCCCACCACGACCGCCAAAGACAUCGGCAAUGGUGGUCCGAGGCCGGCGGCUGUACCCCCCGCGUCGAUUCCUUUAGGCAUGGCCAACGUGCCGCUGGUUGCACCACAAGCUUCCCGCUUCACAUCGGGCGUGCGUGGCAUGCUCAGCCCAUACAGCCGGGCAGGAGCACCUGCAGCGAUGCCAAUGCCCAUGCCCAUGCCGGGUCCUGCCGCUGGCAGGCCAGGUCUUCCUCCAACCCCCAACCAAAACCCCGCUGCCCCGCCGAAGGAUUUCAUCAAUCCGUGAGUGCGCGCGCGUUGAGCUUGUGACCUUCGCAGCUGCUGAUAGGACUGCACUCUAUACUCCUUGCCCCUUGAAUCUUUGUUUGAGUAGAUUUUGUGAGUCAUGCUUGUUCGUGUGCAGCGAAACCCUCGACAGAAAGCGGCUGACCACCUUUUCACUUCCGCACGUAGCAUUGACGUUCGGCUCCCGACGCUGA